AAAAAAGCUCAAACCCCACAAAACUACAAAGAGGGCCCCUUUGUGUGUCUGUGUGUGAAUCGUCAAAUCUCGAAGUAACUGAAUAAUAGUACUCUCUUUCCUCUUUUCAAUCCGCUUCAUGAUUUCAGGGUCUUUUCCCAAUCCAUGUGCCUUUUGCUGCUCUUGAUUCUCCUCCUUCUCCAAUAAUGGUCCAAAAUUUCUAGUGGAUGUAAUACGUUUUGAGGGCGAAGGGCUAUGGAAGACGACGUAUUUUCUGGCCUUGCCAACGGCCAACAGAUCGAGAGCAAGGUCGUUCAAACGUUCCAGAAAAGUUUUGUGCAAGUGCAGAACAUUCUGGACCAGAACAGGGUGUUGAUCAGUGAUAUCAACCAGAAUCACGAGUCGAAGAUCCCGGAUAACCUGUCGCGGAAUGUGGGGCUGAUUCGGGAGCUCAACAACAACAUCAGGAGGGUGGUUGAUCUGUACAACGAUCUGUCGAAUUCCUUCGCCAAAUCCAUUGAGGCCUCCUCGGAGGGCGAGUCGCCCGGGGUGACGAAGUCUGAUGGAAGAGGUGGGCAGAAGAGAGUAAGAUCUGCUAGAAUGAGCAUUUUUCUUGGGAUAAAAGGACUGUGGUCUGUGGAUACUUAUAGCUAUCUAUCAUGGUAGUUGGUGUAAAUCUUGCAAUUGUAAUAUCAUCAUGAACAUGACCACGAGGGGGCUGAGGGUAGUCAACUUACGAGCCAAGAGGAGGCUAGUUCGGAUGUGACCACGAGGGACUGAGGCCUGAGGGUAGUCAACUUACGAGCCAAGAGGAGGCUAGUUCGGACGUAACCACGAGGGGCUGGAAGAGGCUGGUUCGCUUGCCAAUGUAUCUCGAACUAUGUUGUGUGUGUGUGAAAAAAAAAUAAAAAUAAUAUCAUCAUGAACAUUAUCUGAUUAUACA